ACAUUAUUAAAAAGCAAAGCAAACCAAUAGUGUAAGAGAGACCAAGACCUUCAAUGCACUCUUUAUUCAUUGUUUAGCCAUACACGGCUCUUCGGAUUCAACACCAAUAUAUUGGGUUCUUCAUAAACUUCUGAUACCAAUUUGAGAGUUCAGAUUUUCAGCCAUGUUUUCUGUCAAAGAAAUGCCUUCACCAUCUUCUCUGUUCUCUGCUUAUGCCUCCCUUACUGCUUCUAUGAUGCUCUUCCGAUCCAUGAUCAAUGAGCUCAUACCACGCCCUGUUAGAGACUACCUCUUCUCUGUCUUCUGCUACCUUUUCAAGAUUCGCUCAAAGGAUCUCACUCUGGUUAUUGAAGAGGAAGAUGGGAUCUCUAAUAACCAACUCUAUAAAGCAGCAGAGAUAUUCUUGGGCACCAAAAUCAAUCUUUCUAAUGAGAGGAUCAAGAUUUACAAGACACCCAAAGAGAAAGGCUUGAAAUUGCGGCUUGAGAAGGGUGAAAAGAUUGUUGAUAACUUUGAAGGGAUUGAGCUUGUGUGGAGAUUUAUCUGCAAAGAAGUAGAGAAAAAUAAUGAACGACGUGGAAGUUCAGAGCAGCAGAAAUGGUUCGAGCUGAAUUUUGUGAAGAAACACAAGGCAAAAGUGUUGGAUUCUUACAUCCCAUUUGUGCUUGAGAAGUCAAAUGCACUUAAAGAGGAAGAGAGGGUCUUGAAAAUGUACACUCUUAGUGACUCCAAAAUGUAUGGAAAUGUCAGAUGGGAUUCAAUCAAUCUCGAACACCCAUCAACGUUUGAGACAUUAGCUAUGGAGCCUGACCUAAAGAAUGCAGUAAUAAGGGACCUGGACAGGUUUAUAAAGAGGAAGAAGUUCUAUAAGAGAGUGGGCAGGGCAUGGAAGCGUGGUUACUUGUUGUAUGGGCCUCCAGGGACUGGUAAAUCAAGCUUGGUAGCUGCUAUGGCUAAUUAUCUUAAGUUUGAUGUUUAUGAUUUGCAGCUUGGGAAUGUAAUGGGCGAUUCCGAACUGAGGAGAUUGUUGCUGGCAACUGGGAAUCGAUCCAUUCUCGUGAUUGAAGAUAUUGAUUGCAGCGUGGAUUUUCCGGAACGACAAAAUAAGCAAAACGGGGACGAUCAAAAGAAACACAACCGCUUCCAUUUGACAUUAUCAGGGCUAUUGAACUUCAUAGAUGGACUGUGGUCAAGCUGUGGAGAUGAGAGAAUCAUAGUAUUUACCACAAACAAUAAGGAGAAGCUGGACCCUGCAUUGUUGCGUCCGGGACGGAUGGACAUGCACAUUCACAUGUCUUAUUGCACAUUCGAAGGAUUCAAAAUGUUGGCUUCCAGUUACUUGGAAAUUACCGACUAUCAUCAGCUAUACAGUGAGAUUGAAUGUUUACUAGGAAAUGUGAAGAUCACUCCAGCGCAAGUCGCUGAGGAAUUGAUGAAGAGCGAAGAUGCUGAUAUUGCACUGGACGGAUUAGUGAAGCUGCUUAAGAAGAACUUGGAAGCUGAAGAGAUCGUAGAUGAAGCUGCAAUCAAUGGAACCCAAGAAGCAAGAAAUGGAGAAGAUUCAGUUUGAAGAAAAAAUGGUAAGAGUUUUGUUGUCUGAUUGCAGAAUUAUUUAGCAAUCUCAGUUUAGUGAUCACGAUAUGUUGUUAUUACUCUGAAUUUCUACUAUCAUGAGAUAACUUGCAACAAUGGUUUAAUUAAAUCCAUAUAAACGCCUAGAGUUCUGGCUUAUCUCAAAGGCUUAUUGUUGGUGGCCAAAAA